CACAGCUGAUCAGAUUUUGAAAGGAAAAUAAAUAUUGAUGAGCUGGAUAUUAAUGGCAUAUAUCUAUUCAAUAGAUACUAGCCUUUUCCGUAUUGCAGCAGCGUUGCAAACAGAUAAAAAUAUUAUAAUAUUGUAGGAUAUUGGUUUAUAAUUUGUAAUUGCUUCGAGUGCGAAAAAAUAUAGACAAUGGAAGAAUCGGACAAAGAUGACUACAUCCAAAAACGACUAAACAAGAUUUUGGAAACGCGAAUCGAAUCGGACCGGGAGACACUGGAUGCCCUGACGGAUUUGUCAGAGUUUUAUACGGAAAAUACGUUGCAAUCACGCCGCAACCUUCGCAGUCAAAUCGAACGGCGCAGUUUGGCCAUCAAUGAGAAUUUUCUGGAGCAAUUUCGUCAGGUCAAGGAAGCUCUGGACAGCAUUUGUUCGGAUAUCGAUAGCAUCAGUGCGUCAGUCGAAAGUAUGAAAACCCAACUAAACAAUACCGAGGAGCACCAGAAGGAUCUUAUCCGGGAGGCCAAUUCUUUGCAAGCCGAAAAUAGCAAACUGUUACUGCAGCAACGGAUUGCCACUGGGUUUCUGGCUCGCUUUCAGUUGUCGGUAAGCGAACAUCAGACCCUGUACGGUGUUAAUCGAGACGAUCCGAUUACUGCCGACUUUUUCCAAGUGCUCGAUCAUGUGCACCAGAUUCAUACGGACUGCAAGACCUUGCUGCAGAGUGGCUAUCAGACGGCGGCUUUGGAUAUCAUGGAGGAAAUGACCCUACACCAGGAGGCCGCCCUCGAGCGUCUCUACCGGUGGACCCAAAGUCACUGUAGAAAUUUGGAUACCAAUGAGAUUGGCCAGCUGGUAACGCAGGCGAUGGCCCGAUUGCAGGAUAGACCGGUUCUAUUUAAAUACGUCAUCGAUGAGUAUUCCACCGCCCGGAGAUCGUUCGUGGUUAGAAGUUUCAUCGAUGCUUUGACGGUGGGAGGACCGAGUGUAAAACCGAUUGAGAUGUUGGCUCACGAUGCGAAGCGUUACAUUGGCGAUAUGUUUGCGUAUAUUCAUCAAAUUUUACCCGUCGAAAAGGAAAACCUUAUGAUGCUAGUGAAAAUGUGCGACAAAGACAUUACCGAACAGAUUCAGCUAGCUAUGACCAAUAUUUCCGAUGGAGUUUGCCACACACUGCGAGUUCGAGUGGAAAUGAUUCUUAACGGCGAGAAAGACACGAUUGUUUUGUAUUCUAUUUCCAAUUUGAUUCGUUUCUAUCAAAAUAUUAUUAACAGUGUCGUGAAAGGAGGUCAGCUUGAACAAUGUAUUGCAGAUCUGCAGGCGCAUUCGGAAACCUGUUACUUAAGUUCUUUGACCUACCAAGUAAAACAGUUUCUCCACGGUCCCAGUGAACACAAACUUGGCCUCGAGCCUCCGCAAACCGAUUUGGUACCCUCGCGAAGUGUUGGAAAACUUUUGAAUCUACUGAAAGAAAUCCUAUCCGUUGCCAGCAUGGUCGAAGGAAGCAAAUCGGACAUCAUUAAGAUCGUAUCCUGCGUGAUUGAUCCUUUGCUGCAAUCCAUUCAGGAGUCCGCAUCGCAUCUCCCGACCACGGACAUGGCAGUCUAUCUGUUGAAUUCACUGUAUCAAAUUGAAAGUGCGCUCACAAGCUACGAGUACAUGGAAGAACGGUUGGAACGGUUGCACGCCCAAUCCGAUGCCCAGCUUGACACCCUGACUUCGGAGCAAGCUUCCUCGUUGGUGGCGAACCUUAACUUGGGUCCGAUCUAUACGGUUUUGCAGAGCAGUAACUCGCAAAUCGAACAACGCCAUAUGCAGAUUUUUAUGUCGAAAUUGGAUAGCUUCCUGGAAAUGCCGGAUAUUUUGCUUCUUCCGCAGGUCAAUCUCCUACUGAGCGGCAAUCAUCGGACAACGGUGCAGAAGCGUUCCUUCAACGUGAUUGUCGCCAUCUACAAGCAAAUCUACGAACGUAUUCACGAUCCGGCCAGCGGAUACGGAGAACCGGAAGGGGUCUUUUCCAAGAGUCCAGAACAGGUGGCCGAAAUGCUGUGUGGCUGAAAAGACGCGUUGAUUCUAGAAAUACAUUAUUCAUUACACACACAA